AUGUCUUACACUCAAACUCAACAAAUGAAUACUGCCCAAUCUCGUGGAAAUAAUAACAAUGCCCCAAAGCAAGAAUGGAAGCACGGUUUAUGCGAUUGCUUUAAUGAUUGUGGGCUAUGUUUUUGUACGUGCCUUUUCCCAUGUGUAACUUAUGGACAAAACGCAGAAAAGUUGGGAGGGAGUUGUUUUGUAUACGGACUCUUAUAUGCUUGCGUUGGACUUCCAUGGGUAUUUGGAUGCUUGAAACGUCAAGAGAUCCGAAACAACCAAAACAUUGACGGAAACGCCUGUGGAGAUUGCUGCACACAUAUUUUCUGUGGUCCUUGCGCUCUAAUUCAAGAAGCACAACAACUCAAAGGAAACUAA